AUGGCACAACCACCGGUCCUACUAACCAUCACGAGGCAAGAAAACUCUCCUGGCAGUUACGAGGUCCACAGGACUGACCAAACGAACAGCCAAGGUGAAAUAAGCCCGAAAUCCCGACUUCUACUCGCGAACGCGAUAGCGGGUUUAACCGGGAAAGACAGGAAAAAAUACGAGCGACGUCUGGAGAGGGCUCUCAAACCGCGCCCAGCGAUCGAGACGACGCCACCAUGUGCGCGCCCACUAAAAGCGAGCUUAAAAUCCAAUAAGAAAAAGUCCCCCAUUAAACAGCGAAAGUCGCCGCUGAGAAAAACAUCGGCCAAGACGAGGAAAACUCAGCGCGCGGAAAGACCGGCUAGCCCGUGCGAGGCACAGCCGACCGAGUCAGCGCAGGACGCGCCCGAGCGGACAAAGGCCGCCACGUGCUCAGGUAACGGAGCGGGCGGCCCCGCGCAGGUACAAUGCGCCGAGGCACGAGGCGAGCACAAUGGCCCGGCCGCGCCACCCGGUCCGUCGCGGGAACAAAGCCGCGACGCAGGUACCACGCCAGCACCGGCGGCCGCCGUGCAGCGCGCUGCUGUGGGCACGCCGCGGCAUGAGAAUGCAGCGGCGGGCGAGCAGCAGUGCGCGGACGUGGCGGACGCCGAACCUUCCACACCAUACGACGAUGACGGUUUCCAGAGGCCCAAAAGAACCGCCGGCCGCUCCCCUGUGCUGCACACAGCCUCCCCG